CUCCCCCUCUUGUUCCCCCCACCCACACAUGCACAUAUACAACACAGAGCUGUUUGCAAGAUCGGGAGGCUGGCUGAGGGGGCAGGACAGAUGGCUGCUCACACAGGCAGCCAUGGCCUUCCCAUACCCUGAGCAAUCCCCUGAGAUAUCAGCCUGCAACUGGGGGCCUGGGAGAAGUAUCCCCAAGGCAGCAACUGCAUGCAGAGAAGCCGCAUUUCCCCUACCCCAGCCCAGGCUACCUAAAGAUGAUGAGGCAAAAUAUUUUAGGUAGGGGAGGGGACUUCAGAAUGAUCAUUGCUGGGGUCCAGACCCUGGUCCUAGUGGCCUUUAGAGUUGGGGGUUGCAGGUGGAGGAAGGGUGAUCCCCGGGCUAUAGCCCAAGAAGGGUCUCACCUCCAGUAAGACAGGCAGGGCCAGGGCUGUGACUAUCUGUGAGUCAGGAGCAAGUAAUUCUAGCAGUGGUAGGUGGGGCAGCUUCCCCUCCAGGUCGGGGUAUCCCCCUCCCCUGGCCCUUGUGCUUCCAUUUUGAGGGGGUCCUGGAGAAGCCAACCGCUCUGCACAGGCCCGCCCCACCCGUGGAUUCCUUGUGACUUGGGCUGGUCUGUUGGGAAGGAAGGUGCAGGCAUCCACUGGCAAGCGCUGCUGCCGCCACACUUGGGCCCUUUGUGUGCUGGGGGAGCAUCUGAACGUGCCCGAGAUGACUUGGCCGUCGAACCCACAGGGGCUGACAGAGAAGUACUCAGCAUGCUCCAGAGCCCACUGGGCAGUGCCCGGAGGAAACCCCCCUUGAGCUUCCUGCCUCCGGAGCCCCUGGGAUCCAGUGUGGACAAGUUUCCAGCGUCCACUGUCCGUGGGUUCCAUCUGAACACCCCACCCACCCUGGAGUCUCAUUCCAACAGCAUCAUUGAGACUGACACCAGUGGCUUCAGCUCUGGAUCAGAUUAUAUUGCAGAACUGCUCUCCAAUCUCCGUAUUUCCCCGGCUCUGCCCUUCCUGGCUGGGGCUAGUCCCAGAGACCCCUUACAGAUGAAAGUCGGGACCCAGCUGGACCAGGAGCAAGCUGCACUCUCUGCUGUCACUUCCUCCUCUACCAGCACGUCCAAAGGGUGGCCAUGGGCAUCUAUGUGGACACCUAAAGACCCCUUCAGCAUAGAGAGGGAUGCCAGGAUGCACCGCCAGGCUGCAGCUGUGAAUGAAGCCACAUGUACCUGGAGCGGCCAGCUUCCUCCACGCAACUACAGGAACCCCACCUACUCCUGCAAGGUGUUUCUGGGAGGCGUGCCCUGGGACAUCUCAGAAGCUGGGUUGCUUAACACCUUCUGCGAGUUUGGCUCUCUGAGUGUGGAUUGGCCUGGUAAGGAUGGCAAGCACCCCCGGUACCCGCCCAAAGGUAAUAUGCCCAAAGGAUACGUGUACCUGGUCUUCAAGCAGGAGAGAUCUGUCCGUGCCCUGCUGCAGGCCUGCUCCCACGACCCGCUGAGCCCUGUCGGCCUGAGCGAAUACUACUUCAAGAUGUCCAGCCGGAGAAUGCCCUGCAAGGAGGUGCAAGUGAUCCCCUGGGUGGUAGCAGACAGCAACUUUGUACGGACCCCGACCCAGAGGAUGGACCUCAACAGGACUGUGUUUGUGGGUGCACUGCAUGGGAUACUCAAUGCAGAGGCCCUGGCGACCAUCCUCAACGACCUCUUCGGGGGAGUGACAUACGCCGGCAUCGACACUGACAGGCACAAGUACCCCAUUGGGUCCGGCCGUGUGACUUUCAACAACCAGCACAGUUACCUAAAAGCAGUCAGUGCUGCCUUUGUGGAGAUAAGAACGAAUAAGUUCACUAAGAAGAUCCAGAUUGACCCUUACCUGGAAGACUCCCUGUGCCACAUCUGCAGCUUACAGCCCGGCCCCUUCUUCUGCCGGGACCAGGUGUGCUUCAAGUACUUCUGCCGGAACUGCUGGUACUGGCAACACAGUGGGGAGGGUCUGUACCACCACAGGCCCCUGAUGCGGAAUCAGAAGAAUCGGGAGUCCAGCUAGACUGGCCGGCUGGACAGCAGCCUGUACCCCUACCACGGUGACCAGGGAGCCUUUGCACUUGCUGAAUCGUCUUUGUUUCUGCACUGAGUAAUGCACAAUGAGUUUUCCAGGUUUCGUUUUCAGGGGUGUGCCAGGGCAAGCACCCUCUGGCUCACUCUUCAAGUGACUCUGUAGUCUCCCAGAUUUUAUUUCCCCAUUCUGCGGAUGAAAAGCAAAAAAAGAACUACAUGUCCAGGAAGUAUUGCCACGAUGCCUAUUUAUUGAAAGAGCUUUUUUACAUUCCUUGCAAUACUGAUGAUGAUGAUGAUGACGCGCAGGCCUCACUGCUUUCUGCAGUUGCCGGAUAGUGCCUUUCCAUUGAUUUACCCCCACCUGAACGGCAUAAACUUGAGUGUUCAGCUGGUGUUUUUUACUUAAACAAGGAGACUUUGCUCUUCAUUUAAACCAAAAUCAUAUUUCAUAUAUUAUGCUUGAGGGUUUUUACUAGUCACUUUUUACACUCCUUAAAACAGUUAAGUCGUUUGAAACAAAAGAUUUUUUUUUUCUUUUCUGGCGGUUUUAACAUAGCAUCUUUGUGUCUGGGGACUGCUGGUCACUGUCUCGGGCUGCAGAUCAAGAAUUUUUGUAACCAAGAAAAAAAAUGGGGAAUUUGAAAGUGACGGACAGCCAGCACAUGAGUGGCUGCUGUACAUAGUUUUGACAGUUUACUGCACCUUCUUCAGUUGCACUUGCGUGGGGGGGAGGUUGAGAAGACGUUUUCAAUCAAACUCACAGGACUAUUUUCUUUUUUAACUGCGAGAAAGGGCUGUUUUUUGAUGGGGCAGGUUUAGGCUCAGGGAAGGGGUGACAGGUACCCUUCCUUAUUUUGUUCCUGGAGAAUCGGACGAAGCCACAGCUACCGGUACUGAAAUGUGAUUAGAAUGUGAAAACUUGACUUUUCCUUUCUUUUUAAAUUUUUUUCCCCCUUAACCAAACCUUACCCUUGUUGGGAAGCUGUGUGCCAAAGAAACCCUGUGAGCCCCUCCCCUUGGCUGAAUACAAGCGUCUUGGCAUACCCCCCACUGCCCUGUGCGUUUGGGAAGCUGUGUGGAGUCUCUACCUCACUGCAGUGUCCGCAGAAAGACUGCACUCUACAGACCUGUGGAGUGAGCUGUGCUGUAUUUUUGGGUACACAAUAAACAUGUUGCAGCAUAA